AUGAACACUCUUAAUCUUCUCAUCGUACCUGAUGCAGACUGCAUGGACCUAGCGACCAACUGUUGUUAUCACCUCCGGGGCCCCGUCACGCCUGGAUUCGCUGGGCAGGACACCAUUUUCUACCCGACCGCGCGAAGUGCAAUCGCUGUGAUAUCCCAUGCGCCAAAUGGCACCAACCCUACUUCCAGGAGUACGGUCGUGAGUCGGGGACGCGUCAUUCAAUGUCGAAACCAACGAAAUCAAUCACGAUGGUGGGUUAACAUUAUGCACACUGUCUAUAAUCAAGAGCUACGUAGAUACACUAACCUCGAGAUCGAUCACUAUCUCAGUCGUGCAGUCAUGAGAGAAGUCGGUAGGGAUAACUUCUUGCCGGACGGUGACCGUUGGGCAAUAACUGUACUCCAGGUUGUAGAAAUUGACCCCGUAGUUCCUGGCGACUUUGACGAUUUCUGGCUACUCAUUUAA